AUAGUGCUUGGUUAGUUGUGUUACGAUCGACGUUGGGCGCUGUUAUACUCUGAAAUGACCGACGGAUGUGGAAAGACGCACGAUCGACUUAUUUUCAAUAUAUAUACAUAUAUAUAAUUUAAAAAAAUAUUAAAAAUUAGAAUAAAGUUUCAAAUGUGAUAUAAUACUUUAAAAACAAAUUUAAUUAAUUAAGCAGAGUUAAAAAUGCAAAGAAUAUAUAUAUAAAAUAUAUAAUAAAAAUAAAAUUUGAAGCCGCGUUAAACUCUCUGCGAAUUAUUCACGACAAAUAGACUAUAAUAUAGUACACUACCUAAAUACUCAUAGCACUCCCGUAUUGGCCACCAAUCACCAUAACAGUUUUCGAAACAUAAAGUAAUGCAGCAGUAACUUACAAAAAAUGCCACGAAAACUCUUGAAAUUCCUCAUAAUCUUCGAUAAUACAUCACUCUUGUAUUUUCCUGGCCAAUUUCUAUCCGGUCGCGUACUUAUCGAACUACAAGAUGACACACCCGCGUUGGGUCUGCACUUUCACGUUGUUGGCGAAGGUGUAGUACGCGCCGGUACAGCACGUCAGGAGCGUACUUAUGACAAAGAGAACUAUAUUGAUUUCCGCAUGCGACUAUUGGGCGAUGUGGAUCAAGGACCCUCAGUGCUCUCGCCUGGCAUACACAGUUUUCCAUUUAAGUUGGGUCUGCCCGUGGGUUUGCCGUCCACGUUUUUAGGACGUUAUGGUUGGAUACAGUACUACUGCAAGGCGGCCUUGCGUGAACCGAACGGACUGAUACACAAAAAUCAUCAAGUAUUCAUAGUGAUGAAUCCGAUCGAUCUAAAUUUGGAGCGUCCGAUUCUGUCGCAACCAUUUACGUGUGAGAUCGAGCACAAACUUGGCGUGGCCUGUGUGGGCGGCGGCAAAGUUGUUGCGCGAGUGGCACUCGAUCGUGGCGGCUACGUGCCGGGGGAGAGCAUAUUGAUUACCGCAUACAUUUCGAAUCACAGUAAUGUGACGAUUAAACGAACAAAGGCCUCACUCACCGAGACCAUUGAAUACUUGGCACGCGGGAAAGUGGUGCAAACGGAGAAACGCGCAUUGGCCACUUUGGCGCGUGGUAAAAUUCGUCCAGGCGGUAAGGAUGAGUGGCAAAACGAUAGUUUGUAUGUACCACCGUUGCCGCCAACAAAUCUGCAUGGCUGCCAUUUGAUAAAAAUCUCCUACGAUGUGUUUUUCGUAAUCGAGCCGAAAUCUCUGGAGAAAGAAAUCAAAUUACAGCUGCCCAUAGUGUUAGCUACAUAUCCUUUUCGCAAUAACGGCAAUGAUGUCUCGAAUACUUGGCCGGAUUCAGUGCUAAAGCCGGACACACAUUACCCGUCAACAUUGCCUAUCUUUCGUCCAUGGCUGCAUGAGAAACCCGAACCCAAUUGAGCGUAAGGAGAUGGAUUUACACUACGUAUGUAUGUAAGAUAGUUGGAGGAAGGAGAUACAUACAUACAUACGGACAUAUAUUCUUAAGAAACAAGCGAGCAGUGAUUACGUUAAAAGAAAAUCAUUUAAAGAAUUGGCGAAGUAAAAUUCGUUUAUUUUAUGUAUAUUUUAGAGUGUCUGUUACUUCCAAAGUUGAUUUUUUUUUUGCAAACGCCGCCUAAAGUUUCAAUUUUCGUUUUUAAAAACACUUAUUCAAUGUAAUGUAAAAUAAUGCCCUUUAUUUUCAUUUUAAACCGUACCUUUUUUGCUAUGGAUAUUCAAUUUUUUUUUUUGAUAUUUUGCAUUAAACAAUUAAAUUUACGAAAUUUUUUUGGAUUCUUCUUAUAUAAAAUUUUCUGAUCUACAAAAAAGGUCUAAAUAAUUUUUUCAUAAAACCACUCUUUUAAAAGUUAUAGGCAGUUAUAAAUACAACAAGUAUAUUGAGGCUCAGUAAUUGGGUAACUGAGCAUUCUUAUACAUACAUAGUACACCAUGUCGUAUGAGCAACACAGAAUUUAUGAGUAUGGCAUUUGUUUUAACUGCGUGUAAACAACUUUUAACAGAUUUGUUUUUUUUUUUAAGAGAGGAAAAACGUCUUAGUAUUAUAUGUAUAUAUUAAUAUUAUUAUAUAUUACAUUAUAUACAUAUAAUAUUUGUUCAAUGUUAAAGGUAUAUUUUCUUUGGAGAUAUGUAGCAGAUUAAUUGCAAACGAUCAAAAAAUCUCAUGUAAAAUAAAUAGAAAAAUUAAAUACUUUAGGUUUAAAUUGAAAAUAAAGAACAUGUAUGUAUACGUUAGAUGCCUUUUAAGGCAAAUAACUAAAACUUCAGGUGGCAUUUGCAAAAAAAAAAUAACUUAAGAAAUAACAGACACCCUAAUGUAUUUACACACUAUUUGUUCAUUACUUACAUGCAAAAACAAUAAGUUUUUUAAUAUUUACCCCAACUUGUUAUGUGCGUAAAUAAACUUAUUAUAUUAUUUGCGUACACAAAUGUAUAUAAAUUUAAACAUUUUAACCUAUAAUUUGAAAAAUUUAAUACCUUUUAAUUUGAUAUUUUAUUCGAUACUUUCGAAUUUACUUCAAAACCUAGCUUUCCACCUAUGUUAUUUGGAUUCUGAAUUUCACUUUGGGCAACAAAUUAUGUAUAAAAACAUAACAUAUUUGAAGAUCCAUCCAGUGAGAUAUGUUUAUUUGCCUAAAUCGCCUUUAUCCUUUCAAUUUGUUUAUUUUGGAUAUGAGUCUCGAAGAUUUCGCUGACAGCCAUAAUAAUUUAGCUACUACACAUACACAUACAUACAUGUAUGUAUUUAGUGAGUAAACAUAUUAAUUUUACUUAUUUGCAUCGUAUUUAACGUAGUAACUAUAAAGUAAGUCAAAAAUAUGUUUUUAUGUAAAUUUAACUAAUUUAAGACGAAGCAAUAAAUUAUCACUUAUAACUGA